CCCCUCCUAAAUGUAUCUUUUAUUCUAGUGAGAGGCUGCAUGUCAUUUUUUGUAAUAACGAAACAUAAAAACGUAGAAUUACAUUUUUUGCACUUUUACGACGGUCCCUAACUUCAGUGGGUCAUCUCCCUCUCUACUGUCAGUCCGUGCAAGCUUUUCAAAUCGCUACAUCAUAUCAGCUCCUGAUGUGAAAUAAACAACACCAGUGCAACAUUAGGCGACAUUUAUCCUGCACACCACAACAGAACUGAUGACCACUGAUGAUGAUGGUGAAACGUACGGCGGAUCGAGUGUGUGAAUAACAUCAAACCGACCUACACCUCAGCAGCUGGUGCUGCCGGGCCGGCUGUGUCGCCAGUCAGAGGCAGAGGACCCGACCAUCUGAAGCGGAGUGGGGGUAGUCAGCUAAGCUGCUUAUAGCCCGGCCAGAAGGCCCACGGUUGAACAGAUGCAAAGAAUGGACGGCUUCAUCAUCGCAGCGAAACAUGGCAUAUAAAAGGAGGCGUUGUUCGCUACUGCUGGCAUCGACAUAACUGGAUCAGCCCUCCUGAAGGAAUGUUCACCCUCACAGAAGUAGCCUCCCUUAAUGACAUUCAGCCAACUUAUCGAAUACUGAAACCAUGGUGGGAUGUCUUCAUGGAUUAUCUUGGUAUUGUCAUGUUGAUGUUGGCCAUAUUCUCUGGAACGAUGCAGUUAACUAAGGACCAAGUGGUUUGUCUUCCUAUUCUGGAACAAACUGCAGAGGGGACAGGGGGCUUCUUGGGACCUCAACCGCCGGAGACACCUGAUAGUUUAUGGAACAAAGAAAGCGCCAUUGGAGAGCAAGCAGCUCCUUUGAUGGCUAAAAGGCCUCCUGAUAGCAUCGCCCCUACAAUUCACUUCACACAGCCGGGUACAUUUGGGCAGCCUCAGCCUACAGGUGUCAGGACCAAGCUGGAUUUUCAGCAGUAUGUUUUUGUCAACCAGAUGUGCUACCAUGUUGCCCUUCCAUGGUAUUCCAAAUAUUUCCCGUACCUCGCUCUAAUCCACACUAUUGUACUGAUGGUCAGUAGCAACUUCUGGUUCAAGUACCCAAAAACCAGUUCCAAAAUAGAACAUUUUGUUUCCAUACUGGGAAAAUGUUUUGAAUCGCCAUGGACCACCAAAGCCCUGUCUGAGACAGCAUGCGAGGACUCGGAGGAGAACAAGCAGAGAUUGGCUGGCGCUUCCUCCCUACUGAAGCAUCUGUCCACAAGCAGUGAGGAGGGCAGUCCGAACCAGUCUGCCCCAAUUCUAACUAAAUCUGGGGUCACAUUUUCUGUUGAAAAGCUUGUGAGUGAAGUUCCUUCUAUGACCAUACUGGACAAGAAAGAUGGUGAGCAAGCAAAAGCCCUGUUUGAAAAAGUCCGUAAAUUCCGUGCCCAUGUGGAAGACAGUGACUUGAUUUACAGACUGUAUGCCAUUCAGACAGUCAUCAAAACAGUUAAAUUCAUUUUGAUCCUGUGCUACACAAUGACUUUUGUUGCCUCAAUUGAUUUUGACCAUGUGUGUGAGCCUGAAAUAAAGCAUUUGACUGGAUACGCCAAGUUCCAUUGUACACACAACAUGGCGUUCAUGUUAAAGAAACUCCUUGUUAGUUAUAUUGCUAUCAUAUGCGUUUAUGGCAUAAUCUGUAUAUAUACACUGUUCUGGCUUUUUCGGCGACCACUUAAGGAGUAUUCAUUUGAAAAAGUCAGAGAGGAGAGCAGCUUCAGUGACAUUCCAGAUGUUAAGAAUGACUUUGCGUUCCUCCUCCACAUGGUCGAUCAGUAUGACCAGCUGUAUUCGAAGCGUUUUGGUGUUUUUCUCUCUGAGGUGAGUGAGAACAAACUUCGGGAGAUCAGCCUGAACCAUGAGUGGACCUUUGAAAAGUUAAGGCAGCAUGUGACACGCAAUCCUCAAGAAAAGUUGGAACUCCAUCUUUUUAUGCUGUCUGGAGUGCCAGAUGCUGUGUUUGAUCUAACUGAUUUGGAAAUCCUUAAACUAGAAUUAAUCCCAGAGGCCAGGAUAACAGCUAAAAUCUCACAAAUGAUAAACCUCCAAGAGCUGCACUUCUAUCACUGUCCGGCCAAAGUUGAACAAACUGCUUUCAUCUUUCUCCGUGAUCACCUUCGGUGCCUUCAUGUCAAAUUUACAGAUGUUGCCGAGAUUCCCAGCUGGGUAUACUUGCUGAAAAACUUAAGGGAACUAUACUUGGUUGGUAACCUGAACUCUGAAAACAACAAAAUGAUCGGACUCGAGUCUCUGCGAGACCUCAGGCACUUAAAGAUACUGCAUCUCAAAAGCAACCUCACAAAGAUCCCGACAAACAUAACCGAUCUGUCUCCGCAUCUGAUCAAGUUGGUUGUUCAUAAUGAUGGUACGAAGCUCUUAGUACUGAAUAGCUUGAAGAAAAUAAUGAAUCUUGCUGAACUGGAGUUACUUAACUGUGAGCUGGAGAGAAUCCCCCAUGCUAUCUUCAGUUUGAACAACCUUCAGGAACUGGAUCUAAAAUCUAAUAACAUUCGUACCAUCGAGGAAAUCAUCAGCUUUCAGCACCUCAAGAGACUGACGUGCCUCAAACUUUGGCACAAUAAGAUCACUGCCAUUCCAUUGUCAAUUAGCCAUGUCAAAAACCUUGAGUCGCUCUAUCUCUCACACAACAAGCUUGAGUCUCUACCCUCAUCCUUAUUCACCCUUCUCAAGUUGAGGUACCUCGAUGUUAGCCAUAACUCUAUAGUGGUUAUUCCACUGGAGGUCGGCUUUCUGCAGAACCUCCAACAUUUUGCCAUCACCGGCAACAAAGUCGAGAUAGUUCCCAAGCAACUGUUCAAGUGCACCAAAUUGAGGACCUUAUGUCUCGGCCACAACUGUAUCUCCUCCAUUCCAGAGAAGAUUGGCCAACUCUCGCAGCUGACACAUCUGGAACUGAAGGGAAACUGUCUGGAUCGUCUCCCGGCUCAGCUUGGUCAGUGCUGCCUCCUGCGCAGGAGCUGCCUGAUCGUGGAGGAUCAUCUCUUUGACUCACUCCCCAUGGAGGUCAAAGAGAGCAUCAAUCAGGAAUCUAGUGUUUCUUUUCCAAAUGGGUGCAAGUGUCUAAGUGAUGGCCGGUAGUCACAUCCUACAUGGCAUCAAGUGUCAUGCAUUUCAUCUUAGGUGUAAAGUAGUCUUUGUUUUAAUCAUGUCAUUAGAAAAAGUAGUUCAGGGUACAGUAUUGGUAUGCUUCAUGAUGUUUUAGCAACUUAUCAAAUAAACACACCACAGCACAUACAAGGUCGGUACCACUGGAGACAUUUUAAAUGAACUAUAGAAAUGAUCAUGGCUUGUGUCAUGUCUAUAUAUAUAUAUAAUUUAUUUAUAUUUUUAUUUGUUUAUUUUUUCAUUUUGUGUUAAUGUUAAUGUAGGUGCAUUGUAGCUCACUCUGCUUAUGUUUUUUACCUUUUGUAUGCAAAAUUAUCUACAGUGGAUCAGAAAUUUGUAUCAUUUUGAAACAGUCCACCUUUUUAUCUCUCCAAUUUGACUUGGUUUUCCUCAGAUUAGAUACACUUGAGUGACCUCAACCUAAAGGAAUGGUUCACUCAAAUAAAAAAAAAAAUUAGCUUUCCUCUAAUAUCGAACCAUGCAGGCAAUUUUGGUUUUGACAGAGGUUUCCAUCUCCACCAAAUAAAUUGGAUGCAAAUAGAAUUUGGUCUGUGGUGCUCACAGCAAUAAAAUAUUGUAUUUGAAGACAAUCGAACAGCAACAUUCCUUUUCAGAAUUUAUUACACCUAUAUUUAAUCAAAUAAAUAUUCUUAGUGUUUACAGCAAGUAUGUUGAUUAUCCAGAGUGACCAGGGCAUUGUGUCUGGAAAGAGAUGUUGCUGUUGAAAUAUUCAACACUGCAAGUACCAUAAACAAAAUUCCCUCCCCCUCCAUUAUAUGGAGGAGAAAUCACAGAUAUAGAUUUCUCAAAACUUGAACCAGUAAAACCAAAACUAUCUGCAUGUUUAGAUACUGAAGUAAAAACGUUCACUUUUUUUGUUAUUUGGGUGAACUGAUGCUUUAAAAAACUACAAUUUCUUUAAAACAAUCUCAACUCAAGGUCCAGUUACCAGCCUCGGCCAUGUGGACAUGCAGGCAAAACUCCCUUCACUGUGGUAGACUGCAAAAAAUGGAUGAAAGCUCCAGAAAAAGAUAGUAAGUUGAGUGAAGAUUAUUACUACUGCUACUACUACUUCUAAGGUCAAGAAUGACUCGUUUACUCUACCACUGCAGUAUAGACCACAACCAAUAUCAUUUGCUGCACAAAAAAAUUGAAAAAUUGUAUAGGUAUAGUUGUAUUCUUAUUAACCUAAUGCAUUCCAAUUUAAAUAUACUUGUACUAUAUUUUCAAGUUACAAACCAAAAUUAAAAAGUUUCCCAUGAUACUUUUUCUCUACUUCUAAAAAUGUCUUGAAUCAUGCCAUCAUUAUUUUUGAUACAUUUGUUUUUUUUCCUUUCUUGUGUACAGCCAACCCACAAUUACAUCAGUUGUACUUUUGCUCUCACGUUUAAUUGCGCUUUUCUUUUUGUAAACAGCAUAUUAUCAUGUAUUUUGUGUGUUUUUAUGUAUUUAUUAUCUCAUUGUCUUUUAUCUGUUCUUCUCUCUGCACAGCACUUUGUAAAUCCGGUUUUAAAAUGUGCUAUAUGAAUAAAGGAAUUACUACUAUAUUA